UCUCCUCCCCAGGUGAAGAGCCACGGGCCGGGCUUCACCCGUCUCCACGCCCCCUGGCACGUCCUCAGCCGGGAAGCGGAGUUCCUCAAGAUCAAAGUGCCCACCAAGAAGAGCUACGACCUGAAGGAGGAGAGCGGUCUGAGCGCCAGCAUGUCGGCGCUAUGGGCCCGUCUGAACCAGCCCUUCCAGCCCAAGGUGCCCCUGCAGCAGAGAGGGCGCACCAAGCUGCUGUCCCACACCUUCACCCGGGACAAGUUGCACCUGUACGACAUCAAGUCCAAAGACACGUUCUUCGACAACGCAACGAGAGGUCGCAUCGUGUACGAGAUCCUGAGACGCACGGCGUGUGCAAGGACCUGCCACACCAUGGGUAUCACCACAUUGAUAGCCAAAGGCGUGUACGAGGCUGCGUUCCCCUGCACGAUGGUGACUACAAGGUCACAGUCUCUCUCUCUCUCUCUCUCUCUCUCUCUCUCUCUCUCUCUCCAGCUGCUACAUGAGGAGUGGGCCAGAUACUCUGCCUUCUACAAAUACCAGCCUGUGGACCUCAUCAGGAAGUACUUUGGGGAGAAGAUCGGGCUGUACUUCGCCUGGCUCGGCGUGUACACGCAGCUGCUGAUCCCCGCCUCCAUCGUGGGCAUCAUCGUGUUCGGAUACGGGUGGCGACCAUGGACACCAACGUGCCCAGCACUGGAGAUGUGUGACGAGCACCAGAACUACAUGUGCCCGCUGUGUGACGGCGCGUGCGACUUCUGGCACCUCAGCACGGCCUGCGGCACGGCCCGCGCCUCCCACCUCUUCGACAACCCCGCCACCGUCUUCUUCGCCAUCUUCAUGUCCCUCUGGGGUUCACAGAGGCUACCAGAUCGCCCGAGGCUCCACACCGGCUCGGGCGCUCGCCAAAUGCGCGCUCAUGUCUCCUUCGUUGGCGUCUUCUUUGAAAGCAGCCUCAGCGGGAUCCUGUGA